UCGGCGGCGCGCGGCACGGCGGGAACAUGGCGCGCGGGAGCGGUGCGCGCGCCUAGCUGGCGGGACCGUUAGCUCGAGGCGGACGCGGCCCGGGUCCCGCGGGGAUGGAGCAGCCGCUGCCGCCAGCGUCCGAACCGACCCCAGCGUCGACCCCGGCCCGGAGCCGCAGGCGGCGGGAGCCCGAGUCUCCGCCGGCGCCAGCGCCGAUUUCUCUUUUUGGUGCUAAGACUAUUGGCCGGAGAAGUCCUGAUGAACCAGUACUGAGCAAAGCUGAAUUUGUUGAGAAAGUUCGUCAGAGUAACCAGGCUUGUCACGAUGGCGAUUUCCACACAGCUAUUGUCCUGUACAAUGAAGCCCUGGCUGUUGACCCUCAGAACUGCAUUUUAUACAGCAAUAGAUCUGCAGCCUACAUGAAAAUCCAGCAGUAUGACAAGGCACUGGAUGAUGCAAUCAAAGCCCGGCUUCUCAAUCCCAAAUGGCCAAAGGCAUACUUCCGACAGGGUGUUGCCCUCCAGUACCUUGGACGUCAUGCCGAUGCCCUGGCAGCCUUCGCAUCUGGACUGGCUCAAGACCCCAAGAGCCUCCAGCUUCUGGUGGGGAUGGUAGAAGCCGCCAUGAAAUCUCCCAUGAGAGACUCCCUGGAACCCACUUAUCAGCAACUUCAGAAAAUGAAACUGGACAAGAGUCCCUUUGUGGUCGUGUCUGUGGUUGGGCAGGAGCUCCUGACGGCCGGCCACCAUGGGGCCUCUGUGGUUGUCCUAGAAGCCGCUCUGAAGAUUGGCACCUGCAGCCUCAAGCUGAGGGGCUCCGUUUUCUCUGCCCUGAGCAGCGCGUACUGGUCUCUCGGGAACACAGAGAAGAGCACUGGAUACAUGCAGCAGGACUUGGACGUAGCCAAGACCUUAGGUGACCAGACAGGAGAAUGCCGGGCUCAUGGGAACCUGGGCUCUGCAUUCUUCUCCAAAGGAAACUACCGGGAGGCUCUCACCAGCCACAGGCAUCAGCUGGUGCUCGCCAUGAAACUCAAGGAUCGGGAGGCAGCUUCGUCAGCCCUGAGCAGUCUGGGCCAUGUGUAUACAGCCAUCGGAGACUACCCCAAUGCACUGGCCAGUCACAAACAGUGUGUUCUUCUCGCCAAGCAGUCCAAAGACGAGCUUUCCGAAGCCCGAGAACUUGGCAACAUGGGAGCUGUGUAUAUUGCCAUGGGCGACUUUGAGAAUGCCGUGCAGUGCCACGAGCAGCACCUGAAGAUAGCCAAGGAGCUGGGGAACAAGCGGGAAGAGGCCCGGGCCUACAGCAAUCUGGGCAGCGCCUACCAUUACCGCAGGAACUUCGACAAGGCCAUGUCCUACCACAACUACGUGCUGGAGCUGGCGCAGGAGCUGAUGGAGAAGGCCAUCGAGAUGCGGGCCUACGCAGGCCUGGGCCACGCCGCCAGGUGCAUGCAGGAUUUGGAAAGAGCGAAACAGUACCACGAGCAGCAGCUGGGCAUAGCUGAGGACCUCAAGGAUCGGGCAGCAGAGGGGCGCGCCUCCUCCAAUCUGGGAAUCAUCCACCAGAUGAAAGGCGACUACGACACUGCGCUGAAGCUGCACAAGACGCACCUGUGCAUCGCCCAGGAGCUGAGCGAUUACGCCGCCCAGGGCCGCGCCUACGGGAACAUGGGCAACGCCUACAACGCCCUGGGCCUGUACGACCAGGCGGUCAAGUACCACCGGCAGGAGCUGCAGAUCUCCAUGGAAGUGAACGACCGCGCCUCCCAGGCGUCCACGCACGGGAACCUCGCCGUGGCCUACCAGGCCCUGGGCGCCCACGACCGGGCCCUGCAGCACUAUCAGAACCACCUGAACAUCGCCCGGGAGCUGAGGGACAUCCAGAGCGAGGCCCGGGCCCUGAGCAACCUGGGGAACUUCCACUGCUCCCGGGGAGAGUAUGUCCAGGCUGCCCCCUAUUACGAACAGUACCUGCGGCUCGCUCCUGACCUCCAGGACAUGGAGGGAGAAGGGAAGGUCUGCCACAAUCUCGGCUAUGCCCAUUACUGCCUUGGCAAUUACCAGGAGGCGGUGAAGUACUACGAGCAGGACCUGGCAUUGGCCAAAGACCUUCAUGACAAGUUGAGCCAGGCGAAAGCCUACUGCAACCUGGGCCUCGCAUUCAAGGCGCUGCUGAAUUUCAGCAAAGCUGAAGAGUGUCAGAAGUACCUGCUGUCCUUAGCCCAGUCCCUGAAUAAUUCCCAGGCUAAAUUCCGGGCCCUAGGGAACCUGGGCGAUAUAUUCAUCUGUAAAAAAGAUAUAAAUGGUGCAAUAAAAUUCUACGAGCAGCAGCUGGGCUUAGCCCAUCACGUAAAGGACCGAAGGCUGGAGGCCAGUGCGUACGCAGCCCUGGGCACUGCAUACCGGAUGAUCCAGAAGUAUGACAAGGCCCUGGGCUAUCACACGCAGGAGCUCGAGGUGUACCAGGAGCUCAGCGACCUGCCAGGGGAGUGCAGAGCCCACGGGCACCUGGCUGCUGUCUACAUGGCCCUUGGCAAGUACACGAUGGCCUUCAAGUGUUACGAGGAGCAGCUGGAUCUGGGGCAGAAGCUGAAGGACCCAAGCCUAGAGGCCCAGGUCUAUGGCAACAUGGGCAUCACGAAGAUGAACAUGAACGUGAUGGAGGAAGCCAUCGGCUACUUUGAGCAGCAGUUGGCCAUGCUGCAGCAGCUCAGCGGCAACGAGUCUGUGCUCGACAGGGGCCGCGCCUACGGCAACCUGGGGGAUUGCUACGAGGCCCUGGGUGACUACGAGGAAGCCAUCAAGUACUAUGAGCAGUAUUUAUCUGUGGCCCAGAGUCUGAAUCGCAUGCAAGACCAAGCCAAGGCUUACCGGGGGCUAGGAAACGGACACAGGGCCAUGGGGAGCCUGCAGCAAGCCCUCGUGUGCUUCGAAAAGAGGCUGGUGGUGGCCCACGAGCUCGGGGAGGCCUCCAACAAAGCCCAGGCCUAUGGCGAGCUGGGGAGUCUGCACAGCCAGCUGGGGAACUACGAGCAGGCCAUUUCCUGCCUCGAGCGCCAGCUCAGCAUCGCUCGGGAGAUGAAGGACCGAGCCCUGGAGAGUGACGCGGCCUGUGGCCUGGGGGGCGUCUACCAGCAGAUGGGCGAGUACGACACGGCCCUGCAGUACCACCAGCUCGAUCUGCAGAUCGCCGAGGAAACCAACAACCCCACGUGCCAGGGCCGAGCCUACGGGAACCUGGGCCUGACGUACGAGUCCCUGGGCACCUUCGAGAGGGCUGUGGUCUACCAAGAGCAGCACUUGAGCAUCGCUGCGCAGAUGAACGACCUGGUGGCCAAGACGGUGUCCUACAGUAGCCUCGGAAGGACCCACCAUGCCUUGCAGAACUACUCCCAGGCCGUCAUGUACUUACAGGAAGGUUUAAGGUUAGCUGAGCAACUGGGCCGAAGAGAAGAUGAGGCAAAAAUUCGCCAUGGUCUAGGCCUCUCCCUUUGGGCUAGUGGAAACCUGGAGGAGGCCCAACACCAGCUCUACAGGGCGUCGGCCUUGUUCGAGACCAUCCGGCACGAGGCGCAGCUGAGCACCGACUGCAGACUCUCGCUCUUCGACCUACAGACGUCGUCCUACCAGGCCUUGCAGCGGGUGCUCGUCAGCCUUGGCCACCACGAUGAAGCCCUGGCUGUAGCAGAAAGAGGUCGGACAAGGGCAUUUGCUGAUCUUCUGGUGGAGCGACAGACAGGACAGCAGGACUCGGACCCCUACUCCCCAGUCACCAUCGACCAGAUCCUGGAGAUGGUCAACAGCCAGAGGGGACUGGUGCUCUACUACUCGCUGGCGGCUGGCUACCUGUACAGCUGGCUGCUGGCUCCAGGGGCAGGAAUUCUGAAGUUCCAUGAGCACUACCUGGGUGACAGCACCGUGGAAAACUCCAGCGACUUCCAGGCCAGCAGCAGUGCAGCGCUCCCAACGGCAGCCAGCUCCACCCUGGAACAGCAUAUCGCCAGCGUCCGCGAGGCCCUGGGGGUGGAGUCUUACUACUCGAGGGCCUGUGCCAGCAGCGAGACGGAGAGCGAGGCUGGAGACCUCAUGGACCAGCAGUUCGAGGAGAUGAACAACAAGCUCAACUCGGUCACCGACCCCACCGGCUUCCUGAGAAUGGUCCGCCGCAAUAACCUGGUAAACAGGAGCUGCCAGAGCAUGACGAGCCUGUUCAGUAGCACCGUGUCGCCCAUCAAGGACGGGACCUCCUCUCUCCCCAGGAGGCAGAGCUCCUUCUCCAAGCCCCCGCUGCGCGCCCUCUACGACCUGCUCAUCGCGCCCAUGGAAGGGGGCCUGAUGCACUCCAGCGGCCCCGUGGGCCGGCACCGGCAGCUGGUCCUGGUCCUGGAGGGGGAGCUCUACCUCAUCCCCUUCGCCCUGCUCAAGGGCAGCUCCUCCAACGAGUACCUGUACGAGCGCUUCGCCCUCAUCGCUGUGCCCGCCAUCCGCUCGCUCGGCCCACACGCCAAGUCCCACCUGAGGAAGACCCCACCUGCAUACCCCAGCUCAGCGUCCAUGGCAGCUGUCAUUGGCAACCCCAAGCUCCCGUCGGCAGUGAUGGACAGGUGGCUGUGGGGGCCCAUGCCGUCGGCUGAGGAAGAAGCACACAUGGUGUCUGAGCUGCUGGGCUGCCAGCCCCUGGUGGGCAGCGUGGCCACCAAGGAGCGGGUCAUGAGCGCCCUGACCCAGGCCGAGUGCGUCCACUUCGCCACCCACAUCUCAUGGAAACUGUCGGCCCUGGUCCUCACGCCCAGCGUGGACGGCAACCCUGCUGGCAGCAAGAGCUCCUUCGGCCACCCCUACACGAUCCCUGAGUCCCUGCGGGUGCAGGACGACGCCAGCGACGGGGAGAGCAUCUCGGACUGCCCGCCCCUGCGGGAGCUGCUGCUCACAGCCGCCGACCUGCUGGACCUGCGGCUGCCCGUGAAGCUGGUGGUGCUCGGCUCAUCGCAGGAGGCCAGCGGCAGGGUCACGGCCGACGGCGUGGUGGCGCUGACGCGGGCCUUCCUGGCCGCUGGCGCGCAGUGUGUGCUGGUGGCUCUGUGGCCGGUGCCCGUGGCCGCUUCCAAGAUGUUCGUCCACGCCUUCUACUCCUCGCUGCUCAACGGGCUCAAGGCCAGCGCUGCCCUGGGGGAGGCCAUGAAGGCCGUGCAGAGCAGCAAGGCCUUCGCGCACCCCUCCAACUGGGCAGGGUUCCUGCUCAUCGGGAGCGACGUCAAGCUCAACAGCCCCUCCUCGCUCGUCGGCCAGGCCCUCACAGAGAUCCUGCAGCACCCAGAGCGAGCACGGGACGCCCUGCGAGUGCUGCUGCACCUGGUGGAGAAGUCCCUGCAGCGCAUCCAGAACGGUCAGCGCAACGCCAUGUACACCUCGCAGCAGAGCGUGGAGAACAAAGUGGGUGGCAUCCCGGGCUGGCAGGCCCUCCUCACCGCUGUGGGCUUCCGGCUGGACCCCCCGGCCAGCGGCCUCCCAGCGGCCGUCUUCUUCCCCACCUCCGACCCGGGGGACCGGCUCCAGCAGUGCAGCAGCACCCUCCAGUCCCUGCUGGGUCUGCCCAACCCCGCCCUCCAGGCCCUCUGCAAGCUCAUCACUGCCUCAGAGACUGGGGAGCAGCUCAUCAGCCGGGCUGUUAAAAAUAUGGUGGGAAUGCUCCACCAGGUGCUGGUGCAGCUCCAGGCUGGUGAGAAGGAGCAGGACUUCGCCUCAGUCCCCAUCCAGGUGUCCAUCAGCGUCCAGCUGUGGCGGCUCCCGGGAUGCCACGAGUUCCUGGCCGCGCUCGGGUUCGACCUGUGUGAGGUGGGGCAGGAGGAGGUCAUCCUGAAGACCGGGAAGCAGGCCAGCCGGCGCACCGUGCACUUCGCCCUGCAGUCGCUGCUGGCUCUCUUUGAUUCCACCGAGCUCCCCAAGCGCCUCAGCCUGGACAGUUCGUCCUCCCUGGAGUCCCUGGCCUCUGCUCAAUCCGUCUCCAACACCCUGCCCUUGGGCUGCCAGCACCCGCCCUUCUCCCCGACAGGGGCGGAUAGCCUGGCCUCGGACGCCAUCUCCGUGUACAGCCUGAGCUCCAUCGCCUCCUCCAUGAGCUUCGUCUCCAGGCCGGAGUGUGGCCCGGAGGGCGGAGGCCCCAGGGGACGGCAGGACUUCGACAAGCCCAAGAACACUUACCCACAGCGAGCCACCACCCUGCCGCGGAGCCCGCUGUCCCCCCAGGCCCGGGGGGCGGGCAGCAAGGACGAGGAGGAGUACGAGGGCUUCUCCAUCGUCAGCACCGAGCCCCUGGCCGCCCACCCCGAGGGCAGGGAGGCGCGCUUCUCCCCGGACCCCAAGCAGGCCCGCGGGGGCGCCGCCAUGGGCGCCAAGAUAUCGGUCAGCUCCAAGGGCAGCGUGAGCACCCCCAACUCCCCGGCCAAGAUGACUCUGAUCCCCAGCCCCAACUCGCCCUUCCAGAAGGUGGGCAAGCUGGCCAGCUCCGACACGGGCGAGUCGGACCAGUCCAGCACCGAGACGGACAGCACCGUCAAGUCCCAGGAGGAUGGCAGCCCCAAGCUGGACCCCCAGGAGCUGGCUCAGAAGAUUCUGGAAGAGACGCAGAGUCACCUCCUGGCGGUGGAGCGGCUCCAGAGGAGCGGCGGCCAGGGCGGCCCCGGGAGCCCCCGCGAGGACGGCGCCCCGGUGCCCCCCAGCGCCCCGGUCUUCAGAGCCUCGGAAACCAGCGCCUUCAGCAGGCCCGUUCUCUCCCACCAGAAGAGCCAGCCGUCGCCCGUCGCCACCAAACCAAAGCCCCCGGCCCGGAGCUCGUCCCUGCCCAAGGUGAGCUCCGGGUACAGCAGCCCCGCGUCCCCGAGCCAGCACAGCGGCCGCCCGUCCCCCUGCGUCCAGGCCUCCCUGUCGGACCAGCCGCUCUUCAAACUCAAGUACCCCAGCUCCCCCUACAGCGCCCACAUCUCCAGGUCGCCGCGGACCCUGUCCCCCAGCUCGGGUCACCAGUCCCCGGCGGGCAGCGCACCCUCGCCCGCGCUCUCCUACUCCUCGGCCGGCUCCGCGCGCUCCAGCCCCGCCGACGCCCCCGACCUGGACAAGCUGAAGCUGGCGGCCAUUGACGAAAAGGUGCAGGCCGUGCACAACCUGAAGAUGCUGUGGCAGAGCGCGCCCCAGCCCCCCGCGGGGCCCGUGAGGGUGCUGCGAGGGCCCCCGGGAACCGCCACCUCCAAGAGAGACGUGCUCAGCCUGCUAAACUUGUCGCCUCGGCACAACAAGAAGGAGGAGGGGGUUGACAAGCUGGAACUGCAGGAGCUGUCGCUGCAGCCGCGGGACGAGGCGCCCCCCAGGGCCCCCCCCAACGGCCACUGGCGCCCCGAGACCACCGCGCUGGGCCCCGCCGCCCCCGCUCGCCCCCUGAGACUUCCUUCAGCAAACGGCUACAAGUUCCUGUCCCCAGGAAGGUUUUUUCCUUCUUCCAAAUGCUGAAGCUUCCCUCUUUCCGCCCACGACUCUGAGAGCAGCGCGCUCCCGCGGGGGCCACCCGCCGGAGCACUGUCCCCCUCAGCCGCGCAGCGCCCCCAGUGGCGGCCCUGGUAGGGCACGUCGCUCCGCCCGCCCCUCAGGCGCCCCGGGCUGGUGGCCAGGGAUGGCACUGGGGCGAGUCUCCGCACCUCACCCGUGUCCACCCCGGACCCCCUGCCACUCGUCUUUGAUGUGAUUCUUUGACAGGAUUUUGUACAAAAAUGGCCAUGAUUCUGGGUGGAGGGGACAUAUCUGCAGAAACUCCAAUGCUCUGUACCAGGUGCCACCGGGAGAGUCAGAAAAUCCAAGUCGAGUUCGACAUGGAAGUGUCAUAUUAGCCAAAAACAGAAUAACGGUUUCAAAAUGCCAAUGACGUAAACCUGUCGCAGUCCUACGGCCAGCCACAGCCACUUGCAAUAACGCCCGUCAGCGCGCUUCCGCAAGGCCCUCGGGCCCCACCUCAGCCAAACUUGAAUUUUCUUAAAAAGUUUAUGUAACUCCGACCCAGGCAUUUUAGAACUAUGCAAUUGUGAUUUAAGAUGCAACUUUGUGCUUUUAAAACAUUACUGACCUUUUUUGUACACGGAUGAACAACCUGGUUUUGUUAUCAAUAGUACUUUGCAUUUAUAGCUGUUAUUUUUAAAAGCUCAAAAAGUUUUUUAAAAUGCCAAAUUUUGAAUAGUCAUCCAUAAGCAAUUAUCAAGUUUUGGGGGAAAGGGUUGAAAAUAUUCAGUUUCCUUAUUAAGCAAAAAAGAAAAAAAAAAAGAAAAAGGAGGGAAAAAAACUAACAAAACAAAACUCUGGUUCACCAGACGGAACCAGACCCUCCUUCCAGCCCGGUUGCCUUUGAUUAGGUGCUCAUUGUCCCCCCUCUUCCCCACUCCAGGCCCCACAGACCUCUUCAGCCUCCAUGGGCCGCCACGUCCCAUAGCCCUGGGGCCCUGUCCCCUGUGAGCUGCCUUGCUGGUGCCAGUCCUGGGACGCAGGGCACCCGCAUCUGAACCAUUGCUAAACAGACAGGAAGUCGGGGAUCAGAGACCAGGCACAGCUCCCGCAGAGACAGCAGGACCCUCAAGGUCUCUGCUAGCUGGACACAUCAAGGGAAUGGCCACCUUGGGGUGGCCUUUAAUUUAUUUUAAUAUAGAAAUGAAGUGUUGGAAAUCCUAUUAGUGCUAAAAUUAGCUGGAGAAUCUAGAAUUAUCUAAAAGAUACUUAUUUAAAGUUAAAGCCCCCCUCCCUUGCUGUGAGGGUCCACCACAGAAGGUGCUCAGCCACCUGACCUGGGACCUCAGCACGUGGAGGGGACACAUGGGGCUGCCAGAGGGACGCCAGCACCAGGACCCCAGCUGCAGCCUUAGCCGUGGGGAGGGUCGCACUGCACCGACAUGACUGGCCCCAUGCCUGUGGGGGUCAGCGUACUCUUCUGAGGGGACGAAAGGAUGUCCUCCACUCGGUUACUCUCAGGAGCGCAUCGUGGAGGGCUUACGACAGCCAGGCCGAUUCAGGGAGGCUGCCCUGUCCAGCCCUGACCGCCCCGGGAGGGAUCCUUCAUAAAGCAGUGGGCAGUUGUGAGAAGUCUUAUGUUCACAGGGGAAGAUGGUACUAGAAGUGCUAGAGUAGCAGGUGACAGCCAGGGGGACAGCACUGUGUGUUCAGAUGGCAAGUCAGUUCUCAGCAAGGAAGAGCACACCCCGUCAAGCCCCGCCCCACCGCCAGCCUCCUCAGGGCGCCUCCGCAGUCCCCUGGCCAAAUGCCCUAAGCCCUCGGGCAGGGGCCUGGGUUCUGUGGCCUUGUCCCUCCACUCUGGAGAACACCUCCCCCCAGAGCACUUCCUGCGGGUUCAGCCGGCGAGUACUGGUGACCGACCUGCUUCUAGCCCUCGGUACCUGUUGUCCCUGGUCUCCUGCUGCACACAGGACCUUUCCACCUGGUCCUGAACAUCAGUUUCAGGGGGGAAACGAGUGGCUGGAUAGAGGUCCAGUGUCCCCACCGGAGUCCCCACGUGUACAAAUCAGCGUCAGAGUGAAUUUCCAGGCUACUCUGAAAACUGUGUGCUUGCACCGUGGGAGACGGUGGGACAACUCGGACUUCUUGGCAGGAGCAGGGGCUGGCAGGGGACCCGUAGGCUAAUUUUUUUUGGGGGGGUGUCCUAGGCUGAGAGGAUUCUACCUCUUUCAGUCGCUCUCUAAGUACCUACAUGAUAUUCUUGAUCUUGCCUCUUGGCCCCCGAAGCCUAAAUGAUCAAAUGCUGACCCGGGUUGAAAGAGAAAGUUUGCAAGUCCCGGCGUAGGCCUGCGACCCAGGAAGGAGUGUCGGGAGGGAGGACAGCCGUGGAGACCUGGGCGACGCUCCUGCAGGGCCCUGGCGCUCAUCCUGGGGAGGACUCACCGGCUGGUGUGUGGAAUCCACCGCAGCAUCCGCUUCCCCCUGCAGGCAGCCUUGACGUGCUCUUAGCUCAGGAAACGGAUGGCCCCGACCCUGCCCCCUCACAUGCAAACACACUGGGGACCAGCAGGAAGGCCCCCCUCUCUUGGGACAUUGGGAGGCCCACAGUGAGAGGUAGACGACGCCCCCAGCUCCCCCCAGCCAACUCCUCUGGUACUUGAUGAUUAACCAAGUCAGAUCACCAGGAGCAGGUCAGCUGCUGACCUUCCACGCUGGUGACACAGGUGUGCCCCAGUUGCUGUCCCCUCCUCCCCAAGUCCUCACUGAAAGAAACCAGGCGCUGCCCCCGGGUCCUGCCCCGCUCUCCUCUGCCCCACGGACCCUCCAGUGGGUGGGUGCCAAGCAAGUCCCCUGUCCCCUCCUGCCCAGCCCCGCACCGCAGGCCCCAGGAGAAUGUACUUGGCUAGUUUAGGUUCAGUCGCAGAAACCCCAGCAAUAACCUGGUUUGCCCUUGGCGAGCAGCCAGAGGAACACUGUGUGACCUCCUGGCAGCGCCGGUGUGAUCUGACACGUCUGCGUGUGCUGUGUGAACUGGGCCCUCGCGCUGCCGCACCCCGGCCCUGUCCCUGGGCGCCGCGGCCACCGACGCCCCCUCUUGGCAUUCCCGCUCCUUACGUGCAGUGUGAGCCGUCCGCGGCCUACAUGGACUUUUUUUUUUUUUUGUAAAUUUCACAGUUUCCAGAUAGCAUUAAACUUUUUAUAUUACAAAGUUUGCCAUGUAAAAAGAACUUCAUAUUUUUAUUGAGACUGCUAAGGCGCUUGGCCUUCUUCCUUUGUGAUUUCAGUGUCUAUUAAAGCAUGAGUUCCCUCGGUUUUAA